GUGCCAUAGUGUACAAUGGAGCAGCCCAGCGAGAAGCAGCUGGAGGACGCAGAAGAUCAAAAGAGGGAGCCACUUAUAGAAAAGGAAACCGAUCAGGAGAAGGACCUGCAAGAAUGUAUCGAAAAUAUUCUGGACUGCAAUCUGGAACGGCGAGAGGGUGAAGACCGACUGGAUAAAGAAGAUAUCCCAAAGGAGCCUGUGGAAGAGAUAAAGGAUAGUCGGAAGAACGAGAAAGAUCAGAACUCGGAGGAGGAUCCGGAUCACGAUGAAUUGGGGAAAGGUGAAUGUCAACAGGAAAGUGUACUAGAGGCGCCCCUUCUGGAAGAGCUGGGUACGCAAGGAAAUACGGACGGGGAUCCCAUGGAUGAACAAGUGAUAUACAGAGAAGAGCUUAAGAAAAUAGAAGAGCUAGAAGAAGCUCUUCCCGAAUUGAUUGGCAAUACUGAAGAUCAGCUUUUAGAAAAUGAAUCUAAGGGACAACUGCAAGAUGAACCGGAAGAAAUCAAUCAGGACAGGAGUGCAAUUCAAGAAAGUAACGAGUCCUUACAAAACGAAGAACAGCAUCGACAAAUAUCCGAGAACAAGGAGCAGCUCACAGAUAAUCUUGAAAGUCUGGAGAAGCAAGAUAAUCACAAGGAGCAAGCUGCUGAUGCAGAUUCUUCAUGCGAUGACGAGGAAUGCCCCGAAGUCAAGCAGCCGGACCUAAGUGAGGACACCCAAGACGAGUUGCUGGAUCAGAAUAAGGAGUGCAUAGACAGGAUUGGGGAAGAGCAGGAGAAUCGUGUAGAACAGGGAGGAGACGCGUCAAAGCCAGAAGAAGAUCUCCCCAACGAGCAAGUCACCCAGUUCCUCCGCCAACUGGUCAGCCAACUGUGGCCAGAACUAGGAGCAAACCCAGAACUCCGUUUGAACAGAGCAAGUGCCAAGGGUGACAACUAUUUGGGCGUGGUUUGGCGGCUACAGGUGGCUUCCGACUCGAAGCGCAGCCUGGUGGUGAAGCUUCCUCCCCAGAAUCGCGUGCGCCGCAAGCAGUUCUUCGCACGUCCGUGUUUCUUGCGAGAAACGGCAGCAUAUGAGGUGUUCUUGCCACUGGCUGACAUGAUUCAGGAGAAGUGGAAGAUCCCCGGAGAGGAUCGUUUUCGGCAGCACGCCCGUUGUUUCGGAACUCGUCAGGAUGAGCCGAACGAAUGCAUCGUGCUGGAGGACCUAUCCUGUUCUGGGUUCUGUCUCCACGAUCGCUUCCUCGACCUAUCCGUUGAACAUGUGCGUCAGGUAAUAUGCACUUAUGCCAAAUUACAUGCAAUAUCUCUGGCUGGGAAGCGUCAAUUCCCUGAGAGAAUGCAUAAGCUGCAGCAGCUGGUGGACAUCUUCGAGCAGCGCCGCGAGGAUCACGCUUUGGGCGUGUACUUUGAAAAUCUCAAAGGGAGUGCCAUUUCUUCGCUGCUCUCACCAGCGGAUGAUCCGUACAGGGCUCGCCUGGAAGCGUACUUUGCCAAAGGAACGUACUUUGAGCUGCUGCUCCCUUUGGUCAGUGCAUCCAAUUGCGAACCCUUCGCUGUCAUCUGUCAUGGCGACUGCUGGAACAAUAACAUCCUCUACAAAAGAUCGGAGGGGGGAGACCUAGAGGAUGUUCGUCUGAUCGAUUGGCAACUGAUGCGGUAUGCCUCCCCGGUCACCGAUUUAGCCUACUUCCUAUUCACAUGCACAUCGAGAGACUUCCGGCAACGGCACCUCAAGCAAAUGCUAGAGGAUUACUACGAGGAGUUGGGGCUACAGCUAAGCAGGCUAGGCGAGCACUUGGAGCAACUUCUACCCCGUCCUGCAUUCGAUGACCAGGUGGCCACCAAGGCUCCCGUGGGCCUGCUCCUCGCCAUGAUGGUUCUGCCCAUCGUGACCAUGCAGGGCCAGGAUGUGCCCGACCUGCAAGCGAUCAGCGAGCGAAUCGAGGCCGGAGCCACCACGGAUCUGCAGGGCGCCGGAUUCCUGGGCGUGGGCAACGAGGCGACUUUCAAACAGCGUAUGCGGGAGGUGAUCUUCGACUGCGUGGACUUCAACUACAUAUAAGAAGGCGUUAGGUAAGGCAGCUCACCUUUUGCCGAGCCACUUGCAUCGGAUUCAGGCGGAGCUUUUUGGCGCUGGUGCCGAAGCGCAAAGUGGCCAACGUCUCGCUAAGAUCGCAUCGAUGGGGACUGAUGCAGGCCAGGAAGGUUAGAUAUGACUGCGCGGUGAGCGAUUCUGGAAAAGAUAAGGAGAUUAAGUACAUAAUUCUAGUAUUGGAAUUAUAAACAGGAUGAUUAAACUAUCAAUAAAUGCUUUAACCCGA